AGUGUGUAACGGCCGCCGUUGCGGUUGCGAUUUUCCGUUCGCUGCGGGGUAAAAAAAAAAAUAAUAAAAAAAAAUUAAUAAUUUGAAAAUAAAAUAAAAAUAUUAUUUCGAUCGUAUUGUCAGUGCGGGAUGCGUGUUAUUGCUGAAAAAAAUAAUAAUAAUUAAUAUUCCGUACUUAUUUGCAAUUUUUUUUUUUUUUUUAUGUUUAGUUUGGUUUAAAUUUAAACAAAUUGAUCAGUAAUGUAAUCGUUUACCAUCAUCAUAAUAUAUUGUUAUUAUUAUUUCGGCAUGAUGAAAUUUCUGUUGAACGUCAAACGUCCGGACUUAAAAUAAAAUAAUAAUAAAUAAGGAUCAUACGACAUGUGUACAGUGACUGGUGGAUUUAUACAGUUGAGCACUUUGUGCUUUUGGAUAAUCGCUAUAGCCAAUUGCCAAGGCAAACUGGCGACGUACACGCAGAGACCACCGCCGUCUUCGACGCCACCGUCGGCACUGCAUCAGACCGACCAUACGUCCUCCAUCCCUGGAAACGGUACCGACCAGCUGUAUCCGUUUUUCGAUUACUAUGUGCCCCGCAAUAUCACGACUACAAUUGGACAGAGCGCAUUUCUCCACUGCCGGACAGAAAACUUGAACGACAAAUCGGUAUCGUGGAUGCGGAAGAGAGACUUGCACAUACUAACGGCGGGAGUGCUGACUUACACCAGUGACCAGAGAUUCCAAGUCAUCCACCCGGAUAACUCGGACAAUUGGACCCUACUGAUUAAAUUUGCUCAACCAAGAGACGCCGGAAUCUAUGAAUGCCAAGUAAAUACCGAACCCAAAAUGAGUUUGGCAUUCCAGCUCAACGUCGUAGAGAUGAGGGCCAGGAUUUGUGGGCAGCAGGAGCUGUACGUCAAGGAGGACAGCGAGGUGAGCAUGCGGUGUGAGCUGAGCCAGGGCCCACACGACCUGGGAACCAUAUUCUGGUACCUAGGCAACGUACCCGUGUAUACGGACCAGACGAGCCUACAGUCGGUCCGGCAGCCACGGGUCAGUGUUCACACCGAAUGGGUGGACGGACUAAAAAGUACGCUGCACAUAGCUCGAGCCAAGCUCACAGACUCCGGUAACUACACGUGUAUGCCCACGUUUGGACAAUCAGCAACCAUCAACGUACACGUAGUCAAUGGCGAACACCCAGCGGCCAUGCAGCACGGCAACCGAAGUGCGGUCAGCGGCCAAAUGACCGUCCACGUGCUAGCCCUGGUCAGCCUGGUCAUAAUGUUGUCUAAUCCGGUGCUGUUCGGACACUGAGGAAAGCAAACCGAGGAUGGCGGGGAUGCGAUGGCGGCACCGCUGUCUUAUCCUGACCUCUCCUUAGACCCCCAAGUACCCACAUGCACCCGCUCUCACCGCCAUCCAAGUACGGUACGCACCGCGAAAUCUUAUUUUUCUUCGUCAGCCACAGGACGAGUAGGAUGACAACCGACUUAACAGAUGCGGACGAUGUUUCUCUUCUCUUAUACA